CUACAAUCAGGGACUUUUUCGGGGACAGCUUUACCCGGGGGACGGGUCAUUUAAAACGGAGACUGUCCCUAGAAAUCGGGGACGUCUGGUCACCCUAGAUAAUACAUUAGUUUUACUGGGAUUGAUGCCUGACAAGCACGACCCAGGGAUAAAUUCCUAUGACGUGUGCCGCUAGCUCGGUGCGGUGUUACGGCUAGUCAGGCGCUCUCCUCCUGAAACAGUCUCUCUCUGUGGUUUGCCUCCUUGGGUUGACACACCUUUUGUUGUCUCGUAUAGCUGGAAUCAGCUAAAGGUUGCUAGCGAGCAUCACCCGCACCGACCAGCAGGCAGCGGUGCAGUAAAGCUACACAAGCUGCACGAUUAACGGUUAGCCAAGGGAGAGAGUGACACCCCGCCAGGAUGAGUGGUGAUGAACUGAACCCAGCUGCAGUGGCUCAGCCGGUGAACGACGUCCACGGAGAUGAACGGUGGCUGUCACAGCACACAAGAUUUGUACAGGAAUGCAAGGAUGGAGAGCCAGAGGUGCUUUUUGUGGGGGAUUCUAUGGUACAACUAAUGCAACAGUAUGAUGUCUGGAAGGAUUUGUUCUCUCCUCUUCAUGCUCUCAACUUUGGCAUCGGAGGGGACACCACCUGUAAUGUGCUGUGGAGGCUGCAGAAUGGAGAGCUGGAGAACAUCCGUCCCAAGGUGGUGGUGUUGUGGGUAGGAACCAACAAUUAUGAACACACAGCAGAGCAGGUUGCAGGAGGAAUUCUUGCCAUUGCACAACUGCUCACCACCCACCUCCCAAAGGCUAAAAUAGUUGUACUGGGUCUUUUGCCUCGAGGGGAGCGGCCCAACCCGCUGAGGGAGAAGAACGCUGCUGUUAACGGGCUCCUGCGCUCCUGGCUGCCCCGGCUGAACCAGGCUCAGUUUUUGGACGUGAGCGGAGAGUUCGUCCACUCGGACGGAACCAUCAGCCCACAGGACAUGUUUGACUUCCUGCACCUGACGUCGACGGGCUACCGCACGAUGGCCAAGCCCCUCAGUGAUCUGCUGCUGCAAAUACUGGAGGAGACGCCAGAGGAGAGGCGGGCGUCGCUGGUUUGACGGCUACGGCCAAGAAACACAUUCAUCCAGAGGCAUGUCUCACCUGCUGCUAUGGGGGAGACAUGCCCCUGGUGCCUGGAAGAGGAAGAAGAGCUCACUCUUUGGGGAGGAACUGACGUGAGUGGGCCCACUCGGGGUGUGGGAUCACAUUCAUUAGCGGAGGGCUGGGUGUGCAGAGGUGCUAAAGAGGGAGAGAGACGUCACUAUACAGAUGUGGACGCUGUGAUUGCAGUAGUUAGCUCUAUUGGGAAUAAAAGAUCCACUACUCUGAAUCAUAGACAGAUACACUGAGAUCAUGCAGGACUGCAGUGGCACACACAGAUUAAUCUGGCCCUGUUGAUGAAAUGAGCUAUUCCCUCUGUCACCUGCACCACAGAAUCUUAUUUCUUCCUCCAUGUUUUGAUUUCCUCUAAACCGUUCUCUGUGUAGCUUUUAGAUUAAACACUUGAAAUGUCCUGUGGACAGCAUACUCACAGUUGGCAGAAAAUGAUCCAACAUUGUACAAUGUUAUGAGUCUGACCAGUACACCAAAGAGCAGUGGUUCCCAAGUAGUCGCUAAUAAACACGGCACAAAAGUUUGCAAACUCCACAAACCUUAAAAAUCAGACAAAAGUCAGGAUUCAGUGUGACAUCUUUUCCAAGGUCUGCGAGUCUUAAAGGCUGGGAUCCACUGCUGCAGAGGGGAUGCUGCCGAGAUGCACGCUGCAGUAUAUGUUGCAGUAAGCAUUGUGCAAACAUAACUCAGAUAGAUUUAGCUUACAGCCUAAAUUUGCAAAUGGCGUCGAGUUUCACACAAAUUUACAGAUAUUCUUUGUCUAGUUCACCAGUUUUAGUUUUGUGUACGUAGCCAAAUAAGGAGCACUUAGUCUAUUAAAUAUUCACUUGUGAACUCAAUGUGUAGCUCUCUUUGAAACUCUCAAUAUAAAAUAAGUCAUUGCAUACUUAUUUUUGCAGGUGAGGCCUGUCCACAGACCACACACAUCACACUGUGUCACAGCUCAAACCUGACAUUAGUGUUCGUCGCAUGCAUGCUUUGAGGCGAGCCUCCACUUUGUUAUAGAAAGACUCGUGUUAAGUCACACGCAGUAAAUAUAAAUCACGCUGAUGGAUCUGUUGGUCCGAUAAUCUGUAGGUCUUCCAAACCUUUUCAGUCGUUCUCCACAAGUGUAAAGCUUCCUCUGCAUCCGGAGACUGUAUUUACUGUAUUUGUAGAAUUAAAUUACACCAUUUGGGUCCAGAACAACUUCCUAACUGUGUCCUGGGUAUCUGAGCUGAAGAACUUUCCUGAAUUGAAGAUUAGGGAUUUCAGGCCAUUGUUCCAGUGCAACGGUGCAUUUGAGUAUUUUUCUACAACCAGUUUAACAAGCCAGUGGCUGUAACAGUCCCCCUGCUUCCUUCUUAUAAUGCUACGAAUAUUUGCUCUGAAUACAUGCGUAUAAAAGUGGGCCACCUUUUAAUUCUCUCAAACUUUAACAAGAACAGUCUCUCUCUCCCUCUCCCUCCUAAAUACAUGGAUAAACUGUAUUUUCCCAUAAGCACCUCUUCACUCGACCUCUCGGCUUCUCUUAUUUGCUCACCCUGUUGUAUUUAUAGUCACUCAGCCUCGCCACCCGGAACUCCUGGCUUUCUCCACAUGCUAUAGUUAAUGAAUAUUUUUUAGGAGUAAACGGUAGCCACGUGGUUAAACUGUAAUGAACACUGCUAUGCUGAGUAUUCUCAAGCUAAAUGCUAGAAAAGCGAUUGCAGGUCAUGUAAAGAAACCCAUUUGUCUGUGAGCUUUUGCUGUAGCUCAGUUCCGUUCGAGCUUCGAAUAAUCCGACGUUACCGCUGUCUUAAGCUCUGCACAGUUCCGUGAUGUGUUAUAUUAUAAAUAGUGUAAGUGUGUGCCUUAAGUGUUCAAGAGGACGGUUGUGUACAGUAUGUUUGCUUACUGGAUUGUGUAUGUGGGGACGUGCGAGUGUCCAGAAAUGACCUCAGCUGCACAUGAGACAAGAUUGAGAAGCUGGUGUUUGAAUGGAGGGUCCAGACUGUGCGUGAGUCUGUGUUUGCUGUGAUACAGUAUCGACUCGUUGUCAUGUUAAUGAGGUAAAGCAUUCCAAUAAAAAACAAAAACAAAAAAAA